CAGCGAACACCUGUUGUUGUCUGUUGUCUCAAAUCGCUGAACAUCCGAAUACGUUUAACGUCCAGUUUGCCAGUAUCGUGCUUGGAAAAUUGUCGUGUGUAUAAAUGUCAGUGACAGUGUAAAUUUUUUUUUUUGGAAAUAUUAUCUGCAAAAUGAGGAUUCUAGUUCCCUUAACACUCUGUAUAGCCCUGGCAUCGUGCCAAAGCAUGAUGGACAACAUUUUCCAGAGACAAACCAUGAGCUACACCACCAAUGUUGUCCAUCCAGACCAGCACUCGCAGAGCUCUGUAAGUGUGAGCUUUAAUCCGACAACAAACGAAAAAAUUCCCAGGUACACGACAUCGUUCAAAAAAGCGCCAACCUUUGCUAGUGCCAACGCUAAAAACACCAACACGCAACUCUUUAACGUUGGUUACAGCGUAAGGUUCAAGAACCCUGUAGCUAGACAAGUUGCAAGCCCGAGCAGGCCGAAUUUGGACGAGGGGGAAAUCAUUACGGGGACGAGGAAAGCCAACGAGCAAGUGGCGAUACCACAAUCUGCAAACAGUUUGACAGAUGACAGUGGAAGUAAGCCAACUUUUGAGGCUUUAGAAGCGAAGCCAGAGGACCUGUAUUUAUCCCCCACAACUCAGCAAUACUUGAAGAAUUUGGAGGUGGGUAAACCAACCAUCAGUGCUACGGAGGAGGCCAGAAAAUACCAACAGAAUUAUUCGUGGAGGAACUUGGGGCCUUCCGCUGAAAUAAUCAGAAGCAGCGAGAUCCCAUUGAAUCACCAACCGAUUUUUAACCAUGCCAGCGCCUUGGGAAGAAGCCAAACAUUCGACUUUACCAAUGGGGUGAACGACCAACACCAACAACAACAAGCAAGCAGUCUGGUGCCAACGUACAACCCCUAUCAAAGCAAAACGCAAUUUUUACCACCAAUUUCUCAGCAUAUACACACCAAAUUAAAUCACAUCAACCAAAUACCAACAAGUAUGCCACAAGUAAACACUGGAAGCUAUAAUUUGCCAGUCGACACAAGUCUACUGAGAGAUCCAUAUCUAACAACAAACAUGCAAAGUGUUCCAAAUGACAACAAAAUGAUCCCCAUACAUUUCAACGUAAGACCAUUAGAAGACGCAAUGAAAAACCAAUUCAACCUGAACAAAUUUGAUCCCUACCAUUCAGGAGAAGACUCCUAUGCCUACCAACAACAGUAUGUAUCACCGCAACCACACCAAUAUCUCCACCAGAAGAAAGAAGACGAUUUUAGGGACCCCUACUUCCAACACAACCAAGAAACCGUCGAGAAUAACUCCUACAACCACAAUAAAUUCCAAUACAAAAUCUACGGCAAACCGCAGCCACUUAAAUCCUACAAAUUUUCGGGCUACAAAACCAUAAGCAAAGAUUUGUUGAAUAACCAUAGGCAACCCCGGCAAAACCCAUACAAAUAUCUCAUGAGGCCUCACCACUUCAAACAGCCGCAAUUCCAGAGAAGAAUUUCUGUUGAUUAUUUUUAAGUUUAAUUUUAGUUCUCACUAUAACGCCAAAUAUGUAAGAAUUUUUACCAGAAGAUGCGAAUCUUUGAUGUAAGUUAAGUCCACUAAUACAAUGUUUAUAGACUGCUAGAUAAUUUAAGAAUAUUUAUUUAAUAAACUAAACGGUAUAAUUUUGUUG